UAACAAGCGCCUACGUCGCUUCAGAAAAUGUUUCCCACCAAGUCCAGAUAGGAACUCAUUCGUCAACUUUUGCGGAUAGUGGGAACUAUUUCAGCGACGAACUAAGUCACAGUUUUGAUCAGACUAAAAAACUCCACGUAUGUUUUUCUCUGUACAUCGAAUAAUAUUCAAGAUAAAUGAAACAGGAAAACCGAGUAACAAAAUUGCACUUCUACCUGGAUUUUUAAGGUUUAGAUCGAAGAAGAAAAUGACGUGCAUCAUGGAAUGACAGCAGAAUUGCCACAUUGACAAGGGUUCUCAAGGCUUGAAGACAUAUGGCUAAUUUAGGGGAAAACGUUUCCGAGGGGAUUGACUGGGGUGAAAAGGCAGUGGUGGGAGAAAAACACAAAGGCACAGAGCGUAAUGCAGAUUGGACAGAGACUCUGCUGAAGAAUGCACACAUUGGACUUCCUAGCCCAGCACCAGAUGUUGUCAAAUGCUCCCUAAUAUCUGGGGAGUGUCUCUACUUCCACUAUGGGUGUGAUGGACAGGACGACAGGGGCUGGGGCUGUGGCUACCGCACCUUACAGACCAUGGCCUCUUGGCUGUGCCAGAGCUGGGCCCCACCACCACCUAAGAGCAAAUGCAGACCCCCACCCAGCCUCCCCGAAAUCCAGCACGCCCUGGUCGCAAUGGGGGACAAGCUUGCCAUGUUCGCUGGUUCUCGCGAGUGGAUCGGGACGUUUGAGGCGGCCCUGGUCCUCGACUACUACUACGACGUCCCCUGUAAGGUUGUCCACGUGCGGGGUGGAGGGGUAGAACUAGAGAGGGCUGCUGAGGAGCUCCACCAGCACUUCCAGAGCCAGGGGUCCCCUGUCAUGAUGGGAGGCGACCGGGACAACUCCUCCAAGGGGAUCCUGGGUGUGUGCACUCGGCCUGGGGGCCAGGGGAGCUACCUGCUGGUGAUGGACCCUCACUACUAUGGGCCCAGACUGGAGAUGACGUCGGUGCAGGGGCUGGGGUGGGUGUCGUGGAAAAAAGUAGGGUCACUGGAUCAUAGCUCUUUCUAUAACUUGUGUCUGCCUCAGACUUCCCGGAAAUGAAACAGAGAAGGACAGAUCAGGGGGAAAAGUAGCAAUGUGUCAUGAACUCUUUAGCUGCGUUUACACAGGCAGCCCAAUUCUGAUCUUUUUCCCCCACUAAUUGCAGCCAGAUAGAAUUCUUGUAAGGACUUAAUUGGAUAAUCGUUUCAUUAAAUGUCUGUUGUAAUUAUCUGAGAAAAUAUUUUUUAAAUAAUGUAUAUUUGAAAGAGAACAUCUGUUAUGAUCCACAAAUAAAGAUAUGUUAAAUAUA